AUGGCGGGCGAGAAGACGGGGCUCCAGCUGCUGGACUUCUGGGUGAGCCCGUUCGCGCAGCGGUGCCGCAUCGCGCUGGCCGAGAAAGGCCUGGCGUACGAGUCCCUGCCGCAGGACCUCGCCAACAAGGGCGAGCUCCUCCUGCGCGUCAACCCGGUCCACAAGAAGAUCCCCGUGCUCCUCCACGAUGGGCGGCCCCCCGUCUGCGAGUCCCUCAUCAUCCUGCACUACCUCGACGAGGCGUUCCCGGGGACGCCGCCGCUGCUCCCCGCCGACCCCGUCGCCCGCGCGCACGCCAGGUUCUGGGCCGACUACGCGGAGAAGAAGGUCUUCGACUGCGGGACCACGCUGUGGAAGCGCACGGGCCAGGCGCAGGCGCAGGCGCGGCCGGAGAUGGUGGAGGCCCUGCGGACCCUGGACGCCGAGCUCGGGGACAAGGCCUACCUCGCCGGCGAGGCGUUCGGGUUCGUGGACAUCGCCGUCGUGCCGUUCGCGACGUGGUUCCUCGGAUACGGCCGGCUCGCGGAGUUCAGCGUCGAGGAGGUGUGCCCGAGGCUGCUCGCGUGGGCCAAGCGCUGCGGCGAGAGGGAGAGCGUCGCCAAGAACCUGUACCCGCCGGAGAAGGUGUACGAAUUCAUCGGCUAUCUCAAGGACACGUACGGCGACAAGUAG